AUGGCGACUGGCGCCAUCCACUUUGCUCGGCGCGUGCGCGGAGGCGCCGCCGCCUACGCCCACACUGUGCCGCAAGCGGGCGCCGUCCGGCGCUGGCUGCCUUGCGCCGACGUGGCGACGGCGCGCUGCUCGUAUGAGCUCCACCUGGCACUCGCCGAGCCGCCCGAGGGUGCCUGCCCCUCGCCAGACGCGCGCCCGCGAGUGGUGGCCUUUGGGAGCGGCACUCGCGUCGGGCCUCCGCCCUCGUGGCCGCCAGAGUGGUUUGGCGGCGGCUCCUCGUCGUCCUCCUCCUCCGCCGCCGCCGCCGUCGCGCCGUGGGCGCACUGGAGCUGGUCACUGGAGCGGCAGGCGCUCGCGAGCGAGGUGGGCUUCCUCGUGGGCCACGAGGCGGCGCUGCAGAGCUGCAGCCACCCGACGGAGGCCGGAGUGACGCUGGCGCUCGGCAGCCUGCCCGCCGCUCGCGAGGCGGCCGCCCUCGGGCCGGAGGCGCUGGCGGGGCGGGUGCGGGGUCGGUGGCCGCACCUGCUCUACCUCUCCCGCAGCCUGCCGACCAUGCUCGCAGAGCUGAGGGCCUUCCUCUUGCCGCCGCCGCCCGCAGACCUCGCGGCUGCGCGAGAGGAGCCGGCCGCCGCCUCGGCUGCGCAGGCACUUGCAAAUGGGGCGCUGCCCGCGCUGCUGCGCCGAAAGUGUACCCGCGUCGUCCAGUUCUUCUCUGGCCCGCAACCGUACGCGACGCUCGCCGAGUCGGGCGGUGCGCUGCGGACGCCUGUCGGCGGCUUGGAGGCCCGGUACACCAACUCGCUGAUGGUGCUCGAAAACGACUUUUACGGCGUCGAGGCGUACGGGCCGAUCGACUUGGUCGUGCACUACAUGGACGCGCCGAAGCGCUUCACCGAGACGGUGCCCGACGACGUGCUCGCGCUGGGGGGCGAGACAUUCCCGAUGCUCGCGUCGGGAGGCGGCUACACGUGCGCCCAGGCCAACCUGGUCGCAGACAUGGUGGCGUGGUCUGUCCUCUCCGAGGCGGACAAGUUCCGGUUUGACGAGACGCGCACCUAGGCACGCCGGCGGGCUCCGGGGAUUGUAGAUCUUCGCCAACGUCUACGGGAUAGCUAGCUGAUCUGCGAGCCUAGGACUUAGAGCCACGUACUACGUCUACAGUGGGUUGCGGGUAUUAAGAAACCCGCUUACCAUUAAGAAACCACGCCGAGCGAUUGCGCUCG